AUGAUCGUUAUCCCAUCCACUACCUCUAGUCACACCCAUCUACUAGGUACCUCUAUCAAUAUUAUUGCAUCAAUAUCCAUCCUUGGACUCUCAUCUCUCAAUCUGCAGCAACCACCAAAUCUUUUUGACAGAACGGAAAGCACAAUGAAGUUCUCCAUCCUCCCCUCCAUCGUCUUCCUCGCCUUCACAACUGGCGCCCUUGCAGCUCCCAAACCCAUCCUCAUCAACGCCAGGCAAAACUCCCAGCCCCCACUCACAAACCCCAAUCCAAACGCCUCUCUCCAACCUUUUCUCUCCUCCACCUCCUGCUCCGGUCCGCCCUCGGAGGUCCUGAUUCCCGUCUCCUACGCCACGUUGUCCCCGGAUACCACUGUCUCCCAAGGAUGUUACGAAUUUAUUGACAACGGCGUGUCGACGCCCGUCCAGUCAGUCAGGAUCACGGGCGUCUGGCCGGAGGCGAAUAAGUGCUUGCUGAGGUUCUAUGAGGAGGCGGGUUGCGCUGCUGAAAGCGCGUUUGGGACGGUGGCGCCGAAUACUUGUGGGGGCUUUGUUGGGGGGAGGGGUAUUGGCAGUUAUCAAGUUGUUUGUCAGAGCACCUAG